AGAAGUACUUUUUGCCAUUUGAGUCAGCAUGUCAGAGCUAGUCACUACGGAUUGUGGUGACACAGCACUGGACUGCCUGCAGAAGUUAAUCGCAUAUAGCCAUCUCACUGGCAAUGUGUCUGAUUCAACGGAGCCUAACAAGCUGCUGAUUGUGCGCAUUGUCGAGACAAUUUGCGGUUGCUUCACCGGUCCACAGACCAAUGAGAGUGUGCAGCUGCAGAUUAUUAAAGCUCUGCUGACUGUAAUGACAAGCCAGCAUGUGGAGGUAUACGAGGGUACGAUGAUCAACGUGAUCUUUGCGCGAAUGGAGACUCAGGCGGAGGAAGAGAACGUGAAGCUUGAUGGGGAACAUCAGCAGGAGGGUUCUGUCAUAGCAAACGGCAAAACUGAAGCUGAGCUAAGUCUUAGUUAGCUAAGUCUAACUAGCUCAUCUUCAUGAAACUUUACGUUGCGUGCGUCUACUUAAUGACGAUGGAUGUAGAAAGCUUUUUAAAUCACGUUGAGAGCUUUUCAAAUCACUUUGAAUAUUUCAUUCCCGCACGGCCUCGAGUGAGAAAUCUCUCGCGCAUGCGGAAUCGGCCAUCCGUCGCACAGAUGACGCGCGCGUAAUAGGCCACUUUCCACGCACUUUG